GCGGUGUUACAACCUCGGGCUUAACAGCGCUGCUCCCACCCUAAUCGGUGGUUAUUGAGGCGCAAGACAGGCAAUACCAUUCAGUUACUCUGCGGCGGCAGACGGCAGGGAAGAUGCACUGCCAGGCGCACUUAUGGCAGGUCGCAAUGUUGAAGGACAGGGAGUGGUUAGAGGGAGAGAAUGGGUGGUGGCAUUGAACCAUGUCUCACAUCUUGAAAGCGUUGAUGCCAUCCAUCCCCAGAGGAAGAAAAGGCGGCGGCGCGGUGGGACGAAAAAGUGCAUGCUUGUCGCUCUCAAUAGCGACAGGAAGUCAUUCAACGUUCCAACCCAUUGCAUUUGGGAACCACCUUUGUCUUGUGACAACAUUGGGCUAUCACUUCAUCAAGACAUCCUCAUUAAGACUUCCUCAUCUAGCAACAGCAGUUGCGUGCGCGGGUCUGCAGGCGAUGGCUCGGGGUGUGUGCACUCUUUCCUGUUCAGCAAAGCAAUACAUUGCGUGCCAAACUCAGGGCCUUCAAAGCACACCACUUCCUUGAAUGACGCACAACUGAGUUUGACCAAGCACUUUCCAUUGGAUGUCUGAUACCACUGUUUUGUGCUAUCGCAGCUAACACUUCAACUGGGAUUGGUCUGGCUGCAUCUGGACGUCAAUAUGACCCAUGCUUCGACCUCCGCUGCGUCAACAGAUUCACGGACUGUUG